CUGAAUCGGAUUAAAGUUACAAUCGUCAGUUACCAAGUUUAUCAGUCAAAUGGUACAACAAACUCCAAUUAAUUGAACUAGAGAUUAUCCAAUUGUGAUCUAUGAAUACAAUUCAAUUGUUUGUUGAAUAGAUUUUUCAUAUUGGUGAACUUUUUUAGUUGAUAAAUUUCUUAAUAGAUGGAGACACAUCACUGUUACCAGAAAUCUCGAGUUAGAAAUUGUUUUAUCGCUAGAUGGUUGCAGGAGUUACGAAUUAUUAUGAAUUAAUUUUCGUAAAAAUCGGUUGAGUAAAUCGAUCUGCUUAAAAUCUGAAAUCGUCCCUUUCAUUGGAUCUAAUAUUUGAAUCCACAAGUAACUUGUGACAAGUUUGUUUAGCUUUUCAAAGCAAUUCAGCUGUAAUUCUGAAUUACUAAUUCAGUUCAUUUUAAUUGCUCUUCAUAUACAUGUAAAUUGUAAAUUGUAAAUUGGCUGAUUUUUUCUAAAGUCAUUGUAAAUGAUCAGAACUGAAACUUUUGAUUGUUACAAAGAAAGCUUUCAUUUUAAAACAACAAUCAAUUACAUCUUAAUUACUUUUUUGUUAAUCUUAGUGUAUUUCUUGAUAACACCACUGAAAUUAGUUUCAUAUUCAUAUUUUAAUAAAUUAUUACAAGUGAUAAAUAUGGAACUGCUAAUUGUUAAAAAAAAAGUUAUAAAUUUUCUAUUUUUGAGCAAUUGUGUCGCAACUGCGAUUUCGCUAAUUGUAUUGUAUUGUCUGAUUUCACCAUUAAAAUUAGUUUCAUAUUCAUAUUUUACUAAAUUGGACAAAAUUUUCUUAGCUUCGCUUGUCAAAAUUAUCAGUGCUUGGUUGACGUUAUGCUAUAAAGUUAAAGGUAAGUAACUUUUUUGAUUUUUAUAAUAAAUUAAUUUUCAUUUGGUUAUUAGGUUAUCGGUUUGGUCCUGAUCCAAGUUCGGUUAUCGAUUUAUCAUCCGCCAAAGUAUUGUUUAUUUCUAACCAUCAAACAGUAAUGGAUUCUCUUAUUUUUCAUUCAAUAUUUCUCGAUAAUAAGUUAGUAAAAUUUGUCAUUGUUUGGAGUAAAGAGCAUCAAUUUAGACCUAAUGGACUAAUUUAUAAAAUACGAAAUGAUUUCGGCGUUGAUUCGAGUUUUAAGAAAGGCGAUUUCGUUGAAUACUGGGCUGACCUCGAGAAAUUACAAUACUGUUGUUCUUUGCCCGGAAGGUGGAUUUCGAAGUGAUGAAUUUAAAUCGAGUUUCAGAUAUGCUGAGAAAAAUGGUUUACCCCAAUUGACCAGAACUGUUUGGCCUCGAGCUCGGGCCUUUCUCGAUAUUGUUGAUAAAAGAAAUGGUUUCACUCAUAUUAUUGAUGCUACUAUAAUGUAUGAUAAUAUCGAUAAACUUACCAGAAAUUUAUUUCUUCAUCCAAAGCAGUUAACGGGCAGUUCUUUCUAUUCUGUGAUCAGAGUAUUCGAGAUCAUUGAUGACGAUAAAAGUGAGACGAUCAACGACGAUGACCAAAUAGUCAACGAUUUUAAUAAAAUACAAUCAUUGAAAACAGUUGAACAAUCAGAUUGUGUUUACAAAGUACCAAGAAGUAAAUUAAACGAAUCGUAGUUACAACAGUUAUGGUUAAGUAAAGACUCGAUGAUGAAUUCAUUUUACCAAGACAAGGACAAUUUCGUUGACAAAUUCACGUCUAAUUGUUACAAUCAAAUCAAUUUAUUUCGUAUCAUGAAUUUCUUGCUCGCCAAUUCAGUCUACAUCCCAAUGGGAUCAGCAACAAUAUACCUCAUUUAUUUAUCAAUUGCUGCGAUUUUUAAGAUUUUAAUUUUGUAAAUUCAUCAAACUCACCAAUCAAGAAAGAUCAUUAAAUAGCUAAUUGUUGACUGUAAUUAAUUAUUUAAUUAGU